AUGACUACAGCUUACGUGAGACCAAAGUUGUCUAUCCUUUCGCCCAUCUCCCCUAUCUUUGUGGGGGCACCCCCCUCCCAUCCGUGCGAUGUUGUGACUGUACAGAGUCUCACAUUACCCAACGUAUUGGUCCUCCUUCGUGGCAGGCUGGGCGAGGAUCUGCUGGGUGAGGACCUGCUGUGUGGCAGGCGGUGGGAACUGCCCCUCUGGGAGAUUGGGAGGCUCCGUUAGUAGCUCUUGUAGGAGAAAGAUGGCCGGGAAGCCUGUGGUGAGGACGCGGCAUACUGUCGAUUAUAG